CUAGGUUCUAGAUUUGGAGAAAACUAUUGUUAGAAAGGAAGGUGAGAACUUUGUCUUUGUCCUUCUCUGUAAACAUGAAAUUUCAAGACUGGAAUGAAAACCUUAGAGAUCUUCUAAGUCUAGGCCAUACUUGCUACUCACCCAUCACUCAGUCUGUUGCCUAAUUCCCCUAUAUAACGUUUUUCCUCUCACCCAGAUGGUAGUCCAGCAUUAUUCUUAACACUUCCAGAGAAAAGAAGCUCUAUCUCCUGAGAUAACUUAUUUACAAUUAGGGAUAUUGCUAAAAUCAUCUAGUGAUCACAGCUCUAUCUUCUGAAACUGGAUUUCUACUAUUGCAGAAAGUGAAGAUUCACAGGAAUCAGUGGAUAGUGUUACUGAUUCCCAGAAACGAAGAGAGAUUCUUUCAAGGAGGCCUUCUUACAGGUAUGGAAAUUAGUAGUUAAAAGAACUCAGAAUCAAAAACAAGCAGGAAGCUCUAGGUAGUUGUAGAUAAAAAAAUGUUAGGAGACAAUUAGCUCAAGUCAGCACUUUAUGGAUUACUUCUUUCAUCUUGAGUUACUUCUUUCAAGUUGAAGCUUAUUUUAUGGAAUGAGAACAUUUCUUCCUCUGAACAAUCCUAGAUAAACACUAAUUUUUCUUCUGCUUCUCUUUUUGUAGACUGUACUGGCUGCUGUCUUUCUGUUAAAAAGUUUGAAAUACAUUUGAUAUAUGUAUUUCAAACUUAUAACUUAUAGCAGUUUUCCAGUUAUAUGUCAGUUCUGAAACCACACCAUUUAUCUACUUAGCAUAUUUGCAAACCAUUUCUUGUGCAAGGGUACUUAGCAGAUAGCUGUUUGCUAAUUUAAUAGUUGUGUCAGGGUGAUGCUUUGCUGGCACCCUCAAAUUAUAGGGGUGCCUUACUGUAGUUUUUGUGUUCAGCUAUAGAAGUUACCUAGCCUAUGUCUUGUCUCUGAGCUGGACCAAACCAUUUUUUGUAUGUACAUAUUGAUUCUGUAUUAAAUAUAUUCAGAAAGGGCAAUUCCGCGAAUUUCCCUAAUAAGCUUACUUCAGAGUUCAAUAAACUUCAGACUUCCAAUAUUCUUCCUUGUUAUUAGCUUAAAUUACUUCUGUUUUCCAAAGGAGUGAUUUUUUUUUUUUUUUUUACCCUGCUUACUUGGUUACCAAGCUAGCCUUUUUCUCUGUCCUCACCACUAAAGAUCCUAAAUGAUGAAUACCAAUAAAUUGAUUUUGAGGUCUUAAGAAAUUUUAUGAUCCUGAGUAUAUGCUGUAUGUACUUCUAGUCAUAAUUUCUUUUGUUUUAAAUACAGCUAGUGUUAGAUUUUGACUUUGAAAUAUGUCUCAGAUUGGUAUGUACCAUCUUUGAUCCUGAAGUAGAUCCAACCAGGUACUGUGAAACAAGCCACAUGGUUUCUCUUUCUAUAUUUAAAUAUAGAAAUUCUAAGUUCUGGGCAAAUCUUAGCUCUAGAGCUUAUAAAAUGAGCUUGAUGUUGAAGAAAAUUCACCUUUUAUUUGCCUUAACUGGCUUACGAACUCAGUUCUAGCAAAGGUCAUUAAAAUACUAAAACCAGAAUUAAUAAUCAAAUGCACGAUGCUAUGAAAUCACAGAUAUAUAGAGAAAAGGUUGCUUUCAUGAAAGAUAAUGGUAUCAUUGCUUACAGAGAAACCUCCUCAGUAGAGUACCAUUAUUUUGUUUUAAGUUUAUGAAUUCCUGAAACCAGGCUCUAUUUCUCGAUUAUAGCAUGGUAAUUAGCAGAAGUUCUUAUGAUAUGCUUGUGAGGCAUAUAAUACAUCAUAAUACAAGAUGGAUUUUUAUUAGAACAACCAGCUUGGUAGUGAUUAGUUCAUAUGCAGAGGAAAUCCCCAAAGUGCUCUCCACUUGGUCUCAUCUGGCUUGGGAUUUUUACCAGCAAUUAAGCUGAAAAACAUAGAAGCCAUGCUUAACAAAUUUGCAAAUGACAACCUUACGGAAUAAAUUCCCUGAUGAAAGGAAGAAUAAGUAUUUUGAAAGUUCAUAGCAGCCGAGGGAAAUAGACUGAAACAAAUUGGGUAAAAUGUUGGGGAUAAUUGUUGUAAACUUUCUGAACUUGGGUUUAAAAUAAAAUUAGUUAUUCAAGUACAGAAUUUUUGAUUAAGAAUUCAUUUGAGAAAGAUAAUUACACUAUUUAAUUAUCAGCAAUGUGAUAUUGUUACCAAAAAAAGCCAAUGCAGUGUAAGGAUAUGCUGGUAAACACCUAGUGUCUAGAAUAAGGGAGGGAAUUAGAGCUGAGAUAAGUGAAAUAGAGAAUAGAAGAACAAUGGAGGGAAUCAGUAAAACCAAAAGUUCUUUGAAAGAUCCACAGAAUUGACAAAACCGUAGUUAAACUGAUUAAAAAAAGAGAGAAGACACUGGUAAGUAAAAUCAGGAAUGAAAGUGGUGACAUUACUACCAACCUUACAGAAAUAAAAAGAAUCAUAAGAGAAUAUUAUGAACAGUUAACAAACUGGGAAACGUAAGUGAAAUGGAUAAAUUCCUAGAAACAUAACUCAAGAAGUAGAAAAUCUCAACAGACCUAUAACAAAGGAAGAGAUUGAACAAAAUACUAGCAGACCAAACCCAACAGCAUAUUAAAAGGAUUAUAUACCAUGACUGAGUGGGACUUAUCCCAGGAAUGCAGGGUGGUUCAAUCUUAGAAAAUCAAUCAGUGUAAUAUACUACAUUAAUGGAGCAAAGGGGAAAAAAACCACAUGAUCAUCUCAAUUUUCACAGAAAAGGCAUUUGACAAAACCCAACACCCUUUCGUGAUAGAAGUACUGAACAAACUAGGAAUAUAAGGGAAAUUCCUCAACAUGAUAAAGGACAUUUAUGGUGUUCAUACUCAAUAGUGAAAGACUGAAAGUUUUUGCCCUAAGAUCAGGACCAAAACAAGGAUGCCCUCUGUUCAUCGCUAGUAGACUUACCUAAAAGAAAUGCUUUAGGGAGCCUUUCAAGCUGAAAUGAAAGGACGCUAGACAGUAACUCAAAGCCAUACAAAGAAAUAAAGGUAAUGACAUAGGUAAAUAUAAAAGCCAGUAUUAAUAUAGUUUUGUUUUUUUAACUAUUCUUUUUUUCCCAAUAUGAUGUGACAAAUGCAUAAAACAGUAAUUAUAAAUCUGUGUUAAUGGGCACACAAUAUAUAAGGACAUAAUUGGCUGUAUUAUGUUAUUUGUGACUGUAACAUAAAGGGGGAGGGAUGGUGCUAUAUAGGAACAGAGGUUUUUUUUUUUUCACACGAUUGAAGUUAAGUUGGUAUUAAUUGAAACUAGUUUGUUAUAAAUUUAACAUGUCAGAGAUUACUUGUGUUAGGUAUUUCCCCCCCCUUCUGUGUUUACAUUAUUUAUUUGAAAUAUGGUAAGGUUUAUUUGUUUUUGUUUGUAUUUUAUUUUAGAGUUUUUUCCCAUCCUUGCUGCUGCUGUUUUCUUUUUUUGAGGAUAUGAAACAUUAACAUGGUUCCAAAAGUCAGAAUUGUACAAGAAAGUAUACUCAGAAGCACCCUCACCCCAUUUCUUGCAUUCCUUUUACUUCUUUCCCAUCCACCUCCAGUAGAUAACCUUCCUCAUUUUAUUCUUGAGCAAAUGAGCAGAUACAUGUAUAUAUAUUUUAUUAUUUCCCUUUCUUACUUAUACAAAGGGUACUAUACUGUAAAUUCCAUCUUGUAGUUUGCUUUUAUUGCUUUAACAAUAUAUCCUGGAAAUCAUUGUUAGUUCAUAAAAAUCUUCCAGUUUUAUACCUGUGUAGUAUUCUGUUAUGUGAAUGUACCAUAGUUUAUUCAACCACCAUCCUUUUUGUGGGCAUAUAGGUUGUUUCCUGUUAUUUUGCAAUUAUAAACAAUGCCACGAUGAAUAAACCUACACGUGUGUAUUUUCGUAUUGGUGGAAGUAUAUCUUAAAGGUAAAUUCCUAGAAGUGGGAUUGCUACGUGAACGCGUGUAGUUUUGUUAGAUGUCUUCAAAUUCCGUUCCUAAGGGUUGUACCUAUCUUGUAUUUCUGACAGCAGUGUAUGAAAGUGUCUCUUUUCCCAGAGUUUUGCCAACAAGAUUAUAUUGUUGUACUUUAUUUUUACCAAUCUGAGAGUUGAAAAGUGAUAAUCUCUGUAACUUUAAUUUGUAUUUCUAUUAUUAUGACCAAGGCUGAACAUCUUUUCAUAUGUUUAAACACCAUUUUUUUUACAUGUGGAUAUAUGUGUAAAUUGUCUGUUCAAGUCUUUUGCCUAUCUUUAAAAAUCGGGUUUUCGGUCUUGCCCUCAGUUUUUAGGAGUUCUUUAUAUAUUAGGGAUAUUGGCCCUUUAUCUGUGAUUUAUGAAAAUAUUUUCUCUCAGUUUUAUUGAUUUUCUUCUGACUUUGGUUUUGAUGUUCUUUGCCAUGCCAGUAGGAUUUUUUUAAAUGUAGUUAUUUUCAUUAAUCUUUUCUUUAAUUGCAUCUAGAUUUUGAGUCAUAGUUACAACAUUUCCCAACACCCAUAUUAAGGAAGAAUUUAUCUCUUUUUUUCUUUUGUGUAUUUCAUUUUUACAUUUAGAUCCCUGAUGCAUUUGGAGUUUAUUCUUGUAAAUUCUUACAUUUUAAACUUUCAUCCUAAGUACUAAGCAACUUUCUGCCUGUUUUCUGUUUUUUUCCUAUUAUUUGUAUUUACCCAGUAUAUUUUACUUUUAUUUUAAUUAAUAUAGUGCUAUAUUUUUCUAGGAAAAUUUUGAAUGACUUAUCUUCUGAUGCACCAGGAGUGCCAAGGAUUGAAGAAGAGAAGUCUGAAGAGGAGACUUCAGCACCUGCCAUCACCACUGUGACGGUGCCAACUCCAAUUUACCAAACUAGCAGUGGACAGUAUAUUGCCAUUACCCAGGGAGGAGCAAUACAACUGGCUAACAAUGGUACCGAUGGGGUACAGGGCCUGCAAACAUUAACCAUGACCAAUGCAGCUGCUACUCAGCCGGGUACUACCAUUCUCCAGUAUGCACAGACCACUGAUGGACAGCAGAUCCUAGUGCCCAGCAACCAAGUUGUUGUUCAAGCUGCCUCUGGAGAUGUACAAACAUACCAGAUUCGCACAGCACCCACUAGCACCAUUGCCCCUGGAGUUGUAAUGGCAUCCUCCCCAGCACUUCCUACACAGCCUGCUGAAGAAGCAGCACGAAAGAGAGAGGUUCGUCUAAUGAAGAACAGGGAAGCAGCACGAGAGUGUCGUAGAAAGAAGAAGGAAUAUGUGAAAUGUUUAGAAAACAGAGUGGCAGUGCUUGAAAACCAAAACAAGACACUGAUUGAAGAGCUAAAAGCACUUAAGGACCUUUACUGCCACAAAUCAGAUUAAUUUGGGAUUUAUUUUCACCACUUAAGGUGGAAAAAAGGACUGGCUUGGCCACAACCAGAAAAACAAAAAUAAACAUUUUAUUUUCUAAACAUUUCUUUUUUUCUAUGCGCAAAACUGCCUGAAAGCAACUACAGAAUUUCGUUCAUUUGUGCUUUUGCAUUAAACUGUGAAUGUUUCAACACCUGCCUCCACUUCUCCCCUCAAGAAAUUUUCAGCACCAGGAAUCAUGAAGAGACUCUGCUUUUCAACCCCCACCCUCCUCAAGAAGUAAUAAUUUGUUUACUUGCAAACUGAUGGGGGGAAAUGAGGAAAAGAAAAUCUUUUUUAAAAAUGAUUUCAAGGUUUGUGCUGAGCUCCUUGAUUGCCUUAGGGACAGAAUUAUCCAGCCUCUUGAGCUGAAGUAAUGCGUGGGCCGCGUGCAUAAAGUAAGUAAGGUGCAAUGAAGAAGUGUUGAUUGCCAAUUGACAUGUUUUUCACAGUUUCAUUGUGAAUUAUGUAAAAUUGUUAAGAAAAAUGCCCUCUAAAAAAGAAUUUUAGUAUGGUGUUGAACAAAUGAGGAAUGAAUUUGGAGUGUUUUCUGUGUACCUUCUCUUCCUCGAUACUGAAAACUUAUCCUUGGUCCUUUAAAAUAUUCUGUACUAACUACAGCUCUUCCGUAGGUCAGUUGUUGCUUCUUAAUUCAAUUCUGUGUGUGUUCAUCAUUUUGAAUACAUUAAAAAGAAGUAACCAACUGAACGUACAAGCAUGAUUAUUUGAAUUUUAAAUUAAAUCGAAGGACAUAAAAGUACAAAGCUUUUGUUUUAGUUAGUACUAAAUUCAUAAUAAAAAGAUGCUCAUUAGUAAACCAACCCCUUGCGUAAUAUAACAAGGUUUUUAAAUAAAUGCUUUUGUCCUCACCUUCAAAAAUAUUUAUAUUGUCACUCAUUUACUUAAAAAGACAUUUCUAAUUAUACUGUUCCCCUUUUCACUUACAUUGUACCACCACCAGGAAAGCCUUCAAGAUGUUAAAUAAAGCCAAGUGAUAUAUUUGUUUAUGAAAUGUUACGGGUUGUAGAAAAAUACUGAUUUUAAAUCUUUCCCACAUUAACAUACUGUAAGAGUAUCUCAAGUGAAUUUUUUAAAUGAGUUUUAAAAAGUACGGUGUUAGAUACGCACAGGGAAAGUAAUUUUCUUUAGACACAUUUAAUGGCUUCUAUACUGCAACAUUUGGAUUGUCAUUCACAUAAAACUUUGUUUUCUCCUAAAAAGGGUAGUUAUGUUUUAGCUUUCCGUUACACUAUGUAACCUUUGUCAUGGCUACCGAUUUUAACUCCUGACUGUAACAGUCUGUAUCUGUGUGUAUCAUAUAUUGUUUCCAAUACUACAAUUAAUUACUAAUUACACAUUUUAUUCACUAAGCCUGAUAAACCUAAAAGUUAUCCUUUAAAAGAAAAAUACUAAGGUAGAUUUAAAAAAUUGGAGACUGACAGUAUUUGAUUAUAAUAUCUCAUUUGAGAAUAGAAUUACUUUUAAAAGAGUCAAGAAAUGUGAAAAGUUAAUGUUUUAUAUGGAGUUGUGGGUUUAAAGUUAAAAGUUAAGUUUGUUAACAUGAUAACAAAAUAUACAGGUAUGGGUUAUAUUAAUUAUUGGGUCCAUUUUGAAAAGUAAGACUUUUAAUUAAUAUUUAUAAAUGAUAUAUUUUUGUUUGUAACAAACCAUUAUCUUUUUUCAAGGAUGAACAAAGGUUAUGAAGGAGCAUCAUUCUAAGAAUUAAGUGAUAUAGUCUUUAUAUUUGGACAGUUCACCAGAUUCUCAAGAAGGCUUUCAAACGACUGUAAAGUUUGAUGUUUAUCCUGCUGAGCUAAUGGGGAAAGUUAUAGCAUAAAAAUUGUAUACCAGCAUAAAUAUCGAGUGAAAUCACAGAUCUGUUCACAAAGUAGAAUUCUCUCUUACUGAAUCAAAAUGUCAAAUUGAACAUUUUGAAUGUCAUGAGCAUUAUAAAUGAAAAUUGCCUGGUGUUUAGCAAGUUUUAUUCUCUAAAGUUAAUGUGUUUUUCAAAAAAUGAGGCUUUCUAUUUAAUUAGAAAACAAGUUGGUAGUCCUCUUAAUCCCUGAUAAAUCAAGGCCAUCACAAUCAUGAUUAGCUAGUUGGAUUUACAAGUUUUAAUUACCUGGUCCUUUAUAUCUUGAGGAUGAUUGCACUGGUUUGAAGUCAGUUAAUGGUGAGGUAAGAAAUGUAUUCUGUUGCUAAAUCUGUUUUAGACCGUUGAAUAGACUUGAAGAUUUCAGUUUAUACAAAUAGAAAUAAAGCAUCUUUUGUGCAGACUUUUUUAAAAAAAGAGAAUUGGAAAAAAGCUGUUUGUUUUUUAAGCAUGCAACUUUGAGAAGCUUUAUUAAGAAAACGACAUAAUAAAAAAAAAAAAAAUCUUGUAGCCAAGAAUACAUGUGGCCACGUUACCACUAAUGUUUUUUUCUUCAUAUUGGCCAAAAGGGAAUGAAAAUGUCAUCAUAGGAAUCUGUACAUAUGCUACUGAUUUGCUCUAGAAAAUAGCAAGUUUGGUAUCACUCACUUUACAAAUAUAGGGCCAUGUGGCACUUUUAUCUAUAGAACAGAUUAACUCUAAUAAAAACGAAGUGGGGAGGGGUUUAUUUUUGAUACAUUACUCUUAAUGAGUUUUCAAGCUUUGAUAGUGUUUAACUGAAAAGUGGUUUUAGAAAGGGCUAGAUCCAAUGUGUUCAUAUUAUUAAAAAAUUGAUAUCAGAUACAUUUAAGUUUUUCAAACUCAAGUACCAUAUUGGCAACAAUAAUAUUGUCAUAGGUGCUCUUUUCAUUUAGAUAUUCUUGGGGAAAAUGCCAUUUGUAUAAUGUAUGUGUACAUGUAUAUAUAUUUACACAGUAUAUAAUCUGGAGCUCUGAGAGCUCGUAAGUCAGGAAUGCUGAGUAUUAUAGUAUAUUGAGAUCAGAUGAAAUUUUACAUUUUUGUGUGUUCUACUGCAUCCCUUUUGGCAGUUUCUUGGACUGCGUUACUCCAGCACUCAUGAUUAUCUAAUAGUUUCCUUCCAAGUAUUUUUUAUUAUUGUUUUCUUUGGCUUGAUACUUUUAAAUAUGUUACUAGUCACUUGAAAACUUCCCCCCAAAAGUAUUUGGUUUUUAUGCUUUGUCUCUGGCAGCUAUAAUGGUGAGAACAUUUUGAAGAUAGACUUUAAAAGGAACCACUGAUUUUACGAAAAUCAUCCUGGGGGAGGGAUUUUGGUGUUUCAUUUGAGCAGGGAUUUUGUCUGAAAAUGUGUUUUGGUGGUAGGUCAGCAGCAGUGCUAGUAUCUGAAAGCACAAUACCAGUCAGACAGGCUGUCCGACCAGAAGUCAUCUGGCUGAAGUUUAUCUCUGUCUCUCAGGCCUAAUCCCUACUGUCAUUUUGACCAUUUGGGAUGAUACGUGGAAUCAUACAAAGGCUUAGGAAGGAACAAGUUUGUUUAAACCAAGAAGUUUACUUAACUUGAAAUGAUUUCAAUUUAGAUUUCUUCUUUUCAUGUUGAAUGUGUUUCUAAUUCUGUGAUUAGCUACAGUCAACUAUCAGAAUAUAUUGGUCUCUGAUUAUUUUGAAAAUCAAAUGCCUGCUUCAUUUUGCAGGGUUAAAUAAGGCUAAUAUCGCUAAGAUUUCUAAUUAAAAUAAGUUUUAGAAACAGUGGUUACACACCUUUUCAGUUAUUUUCAAGAGGCUUUAUUUUGUUGCCAUUAUAGCCCUGAAUACUGUUGGUAUAUUGUUUCCCAUUGACCUAAUACAAAAGUUGUAUAUUUAUUUGGAUUAUAUUUACAUUAUAUUCUUUGUAAAUGUUUGGUAUAACUUGCACUUUUUAAAAUGACCCAGUUUGGGCAUUAGCAACUUGAGAAAUUCCCUCAUCAAUUAAUGGUCAGCUGACUUUGUGUCUUUCUCCUCCCUUCAAAUCAUGUAACUUUUUUAAUGGAUCCUUUCAUUGAUUAAAAUAUUUUAGCACCUAAAGGCUAGCCUUAAAAAUAGUUUAAAAAAAUAAAUAAGAAAUUAGAUUUGACUAACCCAAUUAAUUAAAAGAUGGACUUGAAUCCUAUUUUAUUCUUUUUUCAUCAUGGAUAGAGGGAAAAGUAACUCGAAUAAUAUUUAUUUCCAGUUUUAAAUGAGACUUUAGUUCUCACCCCAACAUUAAUACUGUCUAUACCCGUUGCAGUCGAGUGGAUUCUGACUCAGUAAUGAAUUUGUCCAGAACUGUAAAAUAUUUUUUAGAGCAAUUAAUUAUUGUCAUCAUGGAAACCACAUACAAUCAUUUGACUAAAUUUCUUUCAUUUUAAAUUGGCUUUGUUAACAUCAGAGAAGUGCUGCCUAAAUUAAACUGAUUUCACAUGAAGGGGAAAGUGAAGUGUGCUUAGUAAGCCUGCAGGUGAAGAAUUGUGGGAUAAAUUUGUUCACUUGGUUGGACAAAGCACAACUAGAACUUUUCAUUGGGUGGCUUGGAUAUAUCUUGAAUAUUGUUAAUGUUGACUUUUAAAAAUUGACUGCACAGUCACCGUAUGUACUAGGAACUGGUUUCCUUGACUUUCUAGAAUCAAUGGCUAGGAGAGGCACUAAUCCUUGAGGGGUUUGAACAUAUCAUGAAGCUGAGCCAGUAUGGAAGAAAAAUUUCAAAUAAAUCAAACAGGGUGCUGAAGUUCCAUCUGUCUCAUAUGCUUAUGAUAAGUUCUUAUUGAUUAGUGAAUGUAGCUUAAGCCUUUGUAUGUGUCCUCAGGGGGCAGACAAACUUUAAGAGGGACCAGACAAUGUUUGAAUGGAGGGAUCCUAUUUCAGGUGUUUUAACUUGAAAUUUAUUUUUUAAAAAAAGAAAAAAAUAAUAAAAAAAUAGAACAAAGCCUGUGAAGCAAGUUGAUACUAUAAACAGGCAGAGUUGUUUAGCACAGAGAGAAAAUAUUGACCUAUCUGCAUUCUGGUACUGUGGGUGCAGGUCCUAGCUGGGGUAUAACAUGAUACGUGUUGAAUUAUUCUCACCAGCAAGUAAACGGAAAAUGAACAAUCCUCAGGAAAUGUCUUUGAAAAAGGUCUAACAGUAGGAAAUUCAAAUUUUACCUACUUUACACAGGCAUUAUUUAAUACUUGUUAUGGAACUAUGACAUUUUCAAGCUUCUGUCCAACUGAGGAGCAUCGCAGAGAUGUGAGAGUAAAUCUGAGAUACUUUUAAAAAUUGAUAGGGAAGGAAGAAAAUCCCUGACGUUAAUGAUCUUAUGUUCGUUGGCCAAGUGAAAUGAUCAAUCAUUGUGUUUGGAAGGUUUUAUUUUCUUAUGUUUUUAAAAUUGAAUGGUAAAUGCUUUAUAGAUGUUGUAUUUUUAUCCAGGUGCCACUCCAAUUUGUGUAUGUAAUAAAAUUAUUUAUAUUAAAAUUGGGAAAUAAUUUGUCAACAUUUUUCUGUGAGUAUAGAUUUAUUAGGGGUGGCAAAGAAGAGUGCUAGUCAGCAGUUUUCCAUGUAAAGAUGUCCCUAACUGAUUUGUCCACGUCAGUUGUCAUCCCCCUCUCCAAAGCAAUUACUUCUAACCCAGGUGUAUCACUUAAAACUUUUUAGAAACAAAAUAAUCAGGGAAGUUUCUAGAGAGAAAGGUGUUUGGUUUUUGGGUUUUUCCUCAAGGAUUGAGGUAAAGAAUACCUCCCCCCAAAACUAUCAGCACAAAACAGGGUAUUGAUUUUAACUCUGAUGUUUCUAUUGGAGUUGAAUAAUAAACAUGAGGGAAAUACAUUUCUAAUAAAAUUCCCUACAUUCUAGAAACAUCCCUGUUUUAAUUUUUUUAUCUGAAUCUUUUUGUGCUUUAUCUGUGUAAAGAGAAAAAAAACGUACUGAGUUACAAUGCAUUUUAUUAACACUGUGUACAUAUUAGCUGCUUUGUGUUCAGAAUGGUAGCAAUUGCUUUGUAUAUUGAAGUGAUUCUUGUGAAUUUGUGAAAUAUUGUCAUAAAGUGCUUUUUCUUACUGUAAUCUUUGUGGUAUCAACUGUCAUAAUGCCCUUUUUACACAAACAUUUAUGUGCAGUCACAUAAACAUGCUUUUUAAAACUU